AUGCAUGUGGAGAUGGUUCCUCCAGAAGCAGAAUGGGAAAUGCUAAUGGAAGAUGCUGCCCACGCAACAGAGGUGGCCUACAAAACUAAGGCUCUACAGACACUUUCUCUGACCAGCGAUCCUGAAAGAAGGCCUAAUUGUCCCACUCUGGAGAUAAUUGGGGGUCGUUCAUCCCUGCACCAGAGAGCUUGGCUAACUAUAACAAAAGAUAUAUGGGUGGAGAGGAUUAUUUCCAGAGGUUAUAAGCAGAUGAAUCCAGAUAUACGGGCCCUUUUUACAAGUAUAGAUGCAUUGUGCAAGCAGUAUUCAAAGGAAGUCAGUCGGAUAUAUGAGUUUCAAGAAAAACAGCGAAGAAGAUUUUUGAAAUUCUGUGAAGGAAAGAUUGCAAAGCUGAACAAAUCUUUGAAUGUGAUGCAUCAAAGGCAGCAGCCUGAAAGCACCAGCAUGGGGCCACCAUCAUCAGCCAAAGUGCUUAAGCCAUCAAACACAGUACUAGAUCCUUCACAGUCAAGGUCUGCAACUCAUCAUUCAUUGUCAUCUUUAUCUUCUGAUAUGUAA